AUGUCUAUUCAAUUUUCAGUAGAAUCAAUUGAAUAUAUUACUGAACAAUUAAAUAAUGGUCGGUGUUUAUGUGAUGAUUCUCUUGCUUAUUUAACGUUGCAAAAUAGUCAACUUAUUUUUAAUCUCUUACAAGAUGCUUGUAAAGUCGUAAGAAAAUGUCGUCGGAAAGAAAUGACAACAGAAGAUUUUGCAUUUGCAUUAAAACUAUCUCAUUUAGAACCUAUGUAUGGUUAUUAUACAACAUCGAAUAUUCAUCGUUCAUUAUUUCGUAAAAUAAAAAAGGAUAAUCGAAUUUUAUAUCAUAUCGAUAAUAAUAUCCUAUCAUUUAAUGAUUUAAUUACUGCUCAACUAAAAAUACCUUUCGAUAUAAGUAUUCGUGCACAUUGGUUAGCAGUAAAUGGUAAACAACCAACUACAAAUGAAAAUCCUAUUGUAGAUAGACCUAUUCGAUCAACUAUUCGUUCGGUUUCACAAAAACAAUUCAAUAAAUUUUGUCAUAUUUUAUCAGUUCAAAUUUAUUAUAAAGAAUUAACAGAAAUGUGCAUUUGUUCAAAUGAAAAAAAGCGAAAACAAACUUUAUUCAUCCUUUCAUCGGAUAGUAGUCUUCAACAAAUUGUUUCACGUCUUAUUAUUUUCAUAUCAGAAGGCAUACGUGUAAAUUUAACACCAACAUCGCCCUUUAAUCGAUCAACAAUUCUGAACUAUUUAAUGCAAAUGAGCGAUGCAUUAUUACAAAAUACAACACUUUUUCUAGAACCAUAUUUGCAUUAUUUAUUACCAGCUAUACUUUCUUGUUUACUAGAACGAAGACUUUCACGUGACCAUUGGUCAUUACGUGAUCUUGCAGCAAAAUGUUGUGGGCAAAUUAUACGAAAAUAUGGCACAGCAUCAAAUCGCUUACAACAACGUGCAAUACAGGUUUUCUAUAGAAUUUUAAUAGAUAAUGAAGAAGAAUACAUUUGGUCAACUCAAUAUGGAGCAUUUAUUGGUCUUUGUGAAAUGAGUCAUAAAGUAAUUAUUCAAAUCGUCUUUCCUCUCGUUAAACAGUUAGGAGAAAAAAUUCGAUUAAUAUCAGACAUUGAAUUAUCACAGAAAAUGACAGAAGUUGUUGUUAAAUUUAUUACAAUAACUUAUCGUUCAGUUCAAAAUGAAAAUGAAAGUAAUGAAAAAAAACUUUAUGAAGAUUUUGGUUCUUAUUUUGCACCUCUUAUUCAACAUCAAUUGAUAUUAUUAUUGUAG